UUUCGUGCAGCUGCCGCCCGCUUGGGUUGCAAUUCGCUGCCUGCAGCAGCUGCAACCUCAAACCCAAUAAAUUUUGUUAGUUUUGAUAUAAAACAAAACUUAACUCAAACUAAAUACUUGUGAUACAUACAGAAUGCUGCAAAAUUGUAAAAGCAAGAAUAUAUAAAGGCCAAAUCGGAAUUGCAUAACCAAAUAACAUACACACUGGCAUACACACAUGUAAAAAGGAUAUAAAGCAUCUUGUUUUUUUUUCUUCGAAGAACCAAAAUUGCGCUAAUUUGCUAUUAAAGGUAUGCAACCGCGACAGUCGGACAAGCCCAGCGCUAGCAGCAAACCAGCAACAGCAACAACAACAGCAGAAACAGCAACAACUACUCCAACAACAACAACUGAUCUGCGUCCCAAAGUAAAAGUCAUCAAAAGCAAACGUCCACUUUGCCAUUUUAAAUUCUAUUUGGAUAUUUGUGAUCAUCAGUUAGCGAAACGCGUAGAACAGGAUAUCAAAUCUUUGGGGGGACAAUUGGAAUUCUUUUUAAGUGAUAGUAUAACCCACUUUAUAACUGAUAAGCCGCAACUUCAGCAGGCACAACAACAACAGGGUCAGACGCCACAGCCACACACUCCCUUGACGCCAAAUCAAUCGCCUCUUCAUCAUCAACAACAACAACUACAACAAGAUGAGGUACGAAAGACUCGUCAAUCACGGGCUGAUGCGAUUUUAAGUCGCGUUAGAAGACAAACAUCGGUUGGAGGAGGAUUAGCAUCAGCGGGAACAGGAGGAGCAGGUGUAGCAUCAUCUGCUUCGCCGGUAACACGUUCAUAUAUUGUUUGGCAAACGGAUUAUGCCCAGCGUUUCUUUAAACGCAUACAAACUGAAUUAAAGGCCUAUUUAGAGGGAGCAGCUGGAGGAUCGGGAACAGGAACAGCAGCCGCUGGGUCAAUACAUCUUAAGGGGCAAUUUGUUAAAAUUGAAUCAAUUAAACGUAACUAUAGGCCAUAUUAUCAUUUGAUAAAACAACCCGAAGAUUGGCCCAAAUUGCAAUUGGAUAGUGACGACGGAGCCUUUCGUUUGCAGGAGAAACGCCGUAGAUCGAAAUCACUUCAAAGCGGCAUGACCACACGCAAGUCAACAGAAGAUCAGCAACAACAACAAAAUAACAAAGCUGCCGGUGCUGGUGCAGAAAUUACAAAAAAGAAGCCGCAGGAGGAGAAUAUUAUAAAGGAAAAGGAAUCAAGCGAUAAACAGUGUGGAGUCUGUGAGAUUUGUAAAUUGGAAUACGAUACAUUGAGCUUACAUUUACAGAGCAAGGAUCACGAAUUGUUUGCCAAGAAUCCAGAGAACUUCCUUGCCUUGGAUAGUCUUAUACAAACCUCGGCGAAUGUUAAGGAAUUUUUAUUAGAAUUAAACGAUUUAAAUGAAAUGGAAGAGCAACUAAAUAGCAGCAGUGGCAGCAAAUCCUCGCCAGCAUUAAGAGAGAAAUCGAAAAGGAUAACAAAGGGUAAACAUUCCUCGGAAAAGUUUGCCUCACCGCCAGCAACAAAACAAAUCAACUCACCUGCCUUGGUGGCCAGCAGCCUCAAUGGAGGAGCAGCAGCAGCGGCCACAGCCACAACUACGCCCAGUCGACGCUCUAAAGUAGUAGUACAAAACUCAGGCCUAUCGCCACCCAUACGAGCCAUGUUGCCUCCUUCAUCUCUAUACAAAGUGGUUGAAACGAUACCCAGAGAUGAUUGCAGCAAUACGACACCCUUGAGACGGGGACGAGCGGCUAAUAAUCAAAAUGUGGAUUCACCAUCUCUAAUAGUGAAAUUCCAAAAGGUUCGCCAAUCCGAGUUGCAACGGCUCAAUGGUGAGGCGGAAAAUUUCAUGUUCCCCCGGACAACUGCAGCAGUAGCAUCGGCAACCACAAGAAGAAAAAGUUCCAGUGAACUUGCCACGGAUAUAGAUCGGCAGACUACAUCGGAUAUACGAGGUAGACAUAGCAUAUCAUCGGCAAGUUUGGAUACCACCAGCACAAGCGAGGCUGAGAUCGCAAGUGGUGGAGCCGGAGCAGGAGCAGUAAUACCAACAGCAGCUGCAGCGUCAGCAGGAGGACGGGCCCAAUUGGUGGCUAGAAGAAGAAAAUUGGGUAAUCAGCAACAGCAACAUCAGCGCUUUCCAAAAGCCCCCAUCCAGCCAGAAGUGGAACUAAAGCAAGACCAACAACAGCAAGAAGAUUUACUGGUGGUGGCCACUAGAAAAAGCAGUCGCAUGGCCACUGCCAUAGUGACAGCAGCCACCACUAGCAAUCAAUUGCAAUUGCGUCAAACGAAUACUAGAAAAACCAAACUGGAGGAUAGGAUGGGGGAUAAUAAUAGUAGUAUACAAACUCCAACUAAGACUAAGAACAAAAGGGAAGUGAAUAAGAAGCGAAAGGCUGAAGAACAAAGGCAGGCGGCGGCGGCUGCGGCGGAUACCGAUAAUAACAAUGAGGAAGAAGCCGCUCUUGACGAGGAGGAGGAUGACGAUGUGGAAGAGCAGGAGGAUGAGGAGUCCAGUUGUUGUCCCUCAUCAGGCAGUGACGAGGAUUAUGUUGCCAAUCGCCGUCGCCGAGGACGACAAACUAAACAAACUAAAGCUGCUGCCCGGCGUCAAUCUCGUUUAACCAUUAAUCGUAAUAGUUUAGCUAACAAAUCAUCAUUGAAUCCCAACAAUACGAUCAAUCAAGAUCAAAUAUUUGAUUGCUCCAAAAGCGAGAGACUUACCAAAAUGCGUUAUACUUUCGAAUCCCUACCCACGGGGGAGCUGUGGCACAGAGUCUUCAAUCGUCAGGAUAGGGGAGAAGAGGAAUAUUAUACAUAUUACGGAUCCACACGAUAUCGUAAAUUGCCCUAUGAAAUGGGACCCAUACCCAUGAUAAAGACAACACAAUUGGGCAAGCAUAAGUGCCGUCUAUGUCCUCCAGAAGCCGACGCGGAAGCCGAGGAAGAAAUUGUGGACGAGCCACAGGAGGAGGAUAUAGGAGAUCAGAGAAAGGAAACGCUCAAAAUGAAAAAAGAUGAUGUCGAGGCAAUAGUGAAAAAGGAACAUUUAGAUGAACUGCCAACCUCCUCCACCAUCAAUGCGAGCAUCACUUCCUCCUCGUCCUCCUCAUCUCUGUACAAGCACAAAAAGUUGCAUUUACUGCAAAGAUAUCAGCAGGAGCAAAUGCAGCAACAGCAACAACAGCAAUGUGAUAGCAAGGCCAGCACUCCGGAGCUCUUGGAACGUGAAUUCGGCUCACUGGGUCCCCUGGGGGCCAUCAGCCGAGUGAAUCGGGUACGCAGCUCAUCCAGUUCCAGUUGCAGUAAUAGUCAAAAGAGUGUCAAUACUUGCCGUAAUAAGCAAUUGGCACGUUUAACCGAACUGCCGCCACGUAAAUCUCCAAGAGAACAUGCCUCCACUUUGGCUCUGGUCAGUUGUAUUAUACGCCAACGACAGGAUUCUCAGAAUAGUAAAACAAAUUCAGAAGCGGAAGAUCCGCCACCGCCUCCAAUUAAAAUGAAGACUCCUCCUCCACGUGGAUCAGUAUCCGUUAAAAAGGAACCCGAUAUAGUAGAUGUCGUGGUGGCCUCCAGUCCGCGUACUACUCGCUCUCAGGCAGCCACACCCAUUGAAGAGUUGCGUUUUGCAACCGAAAUUAGUGAGACGGUCAAACGUAUGAGACGUGGACAAAACAAAUAUGAUCAUUCCCCGCCAGCUCCAGCACCAGCAACAGCUCCACCACUUGCCAGGCAACAGAGGCCAAAUAAUAAUUGUUAUUCCCGACGUCUACAGUUUAGUUCCGCCUCCGUAGCCACCACCAAUUCAGCAAGACGACGACCUCCGAGAUCUUCGGCUGCUGCUGCUGCUGCCAGAUCAUUGCAGUCAUCGAAUCAUUUGUCCUUUGGCAUGGGUAUACGUAAAUUGCCAAGCAAGAAGGGUUUACUCGAAUACGAAAUGGAACCAUGUGCCAUGAAGGCAUUGGAUGCAUCUAUGCAAUAUCGUAGUCCUCACCUGAUGGCCUGGCAAAUUGAUAAAUAUCUGGAAUUGGUGGGCAAAGAAUACGACUUCAACGACAGUGGCAUCAAUGACGGUGAAGAGGAAAGCCAAGGGUCAAGGCAGGAGGAGGUAGUGACGCCACCGCCUACGGAUUGUAAUUUUACUAGCGAAUUUGAUUUGUGUGAUUUGCUUCAGGGCGGCAGUGCCGGUAGUGGAGACGAUGAUCCAGACUCCUCAUCCGCAGUUCCAGUGGGUGGCGGCAGUCGUCGGCUAAGCUCUACAUUUAGUCUAUACAGUAGUUAUUAUCGUAAACGUAAAAGUCUAAAAUCGAAUCGUACGGGUUGGCCGAAGGCCCAAAGAAGAAGACAUGGCGGAGGAGGCUCACGUCAUCUGGCAGCCAGCGAUCAACGUAUUUGCUUUAAGGAAAUGGGUCUUAAUGAAAUAAGUACAGCAGUUGCGGUCAAGCAAGAGCCGCUGGAAGCGCCGCCAUCUCAGACUACAGAAACCACAAAUGCUGGAGUAGUCGAAGUCGAAAGAUCUACGGGAGAUGCUGUUGUAAUGACUCCACCUGCUACUGAUGUAGAACCAAUUGAGGCGGAAAGUUUGCCAGAUGUCGGAGAUGAUGACGAUGAUGCAGAUGAUGAUGAGGAUGAAGAAGAUGACGACGACGACGAAGAGGAGGAGGAGGCAGAUGAAGAAGCUGAAAUUGAAGCCACUGAUGCUGAUGUCGAGGAAGAGGAGGAGGAAGAGGAAGAUGUCUACGAAGAUGCCUUUGAAGAGCCUUCCAGAGAUUUAGUAACUCCUCCACCCAAAGAGCAACACAAAAUGCCAAAUGUCGACGAGGAACCACAACAAAAGAGAUCAAAAUUAAAUUCAUCGUCGACCACAACAACUCCGACAAAUGCCAAUGCCGCCACAACGCCCACAAAACCGGAUUCGGGCAAGAAACUAUUGCUCACCCUGCACAAUGGCCAACGUCUGACCUCCACACCCAGUUCCACGCACCAUCAUCACCAACCGCAGCAGCCCCAACAACAACAACAACAACAACAGCGUCUCAAUGGCAGUUUGGGUAGUUGCAUUUCCCCUAGCGAAAAAUUGGGUGAUAAUUCCGAUAUAUUCACCGUCUCUUCGGAUGGCUUGGAUACAGAUCUUGAUUUAAGCAAUCAUCAGGCGGAUUGUCCACACCAGCAACAACAGACAACGUCGCCGCCGAAGCGUAAAUUUGACAUCUCCAAGUAUGCACCACCCAAUAAUGGAAAGGCGGCCAGCAGUUGUGCCGCUGAAGCGGCAACCGCAGCUGUCAAAUCUUUGGCCAUCUCUCAGUUUCUCAAGAAGGAGACCUACGUAAGCUCAUCAAGCAUGAAGAACGCAUGGCGGCGAACACAAAGGAGGACUAUUUCGGUAGCCUGCAUAAGCGGGGCACAGUCAGCUCGCGUGCCAAAUUAGGUGGAGAUGGAGGACAAGGUGAUGACAAGGACACAACUAAAGACAAGGAAAACCAGCCGCCGGCAU